GUGGCUUGGUUGUGUCUCCAUGCGCACGGCUGCGGCGGCUUUGCGUCAGGGCACCGCGGAAGAGGAUUGCCGGGCUGCGCUGGAGGCUCUGGAGGCCAAUGAGUGGCACCGGCUGCUGGCCCUGGCCGAUCUUUCGGACGGAAAGCUCUUUGAGCACAGCGACGUCAAGUUCUUUCGCUGGCGCGGCUAUCUCUGCAGAUACAUCGCUCCCUCGCGACCUCCAGCUGCCGACUCACCACCCCCGGUGCUGGCCAUCCAUGGCUUUGCAGCCUCUUGCACUCAGUUUGCACCAUUGGCUACGGCUCUGGCCGAAGCUGAUGCUGAUCGCCCCAUCCCGCUCUAUGCGCUGGACAUGCUAG